AUGGAUCCAGCUAAUGUAACCGUGGUACGAGCGAUCCUUAAGAAGAACGACACUCGAUUUCAUCGUCAGGGUGAACAGAUCAUGGCUACCAGUCGAGCAGUUCAGGCCUUGGUAGAGCAGGUCUCAGAUCUCAUUACCCAGAUACAACAGCUGAGAGUCGAGCCUGUUCACGUGCCCACUGUGCCAAAACGUUUUACCCACCAGCCAACAUACCAGCAACACGGAACCACAACUGUCACCGCCUGCUGCCUAAUUGGCCCUCAUCAUUUUCCACUGAGGAAUCCAAGGUUGCACUCGUCAUCACGCUGCUAUCAGUUCCGGACGCUGGCAGCGGAGUGCAGUUGGAACGAUGAGGCACAGUGGGACAUGUUUCUGCAUGGGUUGGAUGACCGUAUCCAAGAAGAGAUAUACACUCUGGACUUAACAACUGCAGUGGAUGGAUUGAUUGACUUGGCCAUUCGAGUGGACGCAAGGUUGAAACGUCGAGAUGGUCUGAAACUCCAAGACCAGGUUCCAGACAUGGAGGCUCGUCCCCCCUUUCCUCCUUGCGAUACGAAGCAGACAGAUCUGUCUAACGUGCCCGAGGAGUACUUGGACCUGAGGGAAGUGUUCAGUAACACAACAAUCCUCACAACAGGCAGCUUGACUUCAGUGCAUUCAAACUCUGCAAAUGUGACCUUUGUUCGCCCUGCAACAUUCUCCAUCAAUGGAUUUUCUAAUAUCCCACAUGCAAAAUACUUCUAUGUGUUUUUGUGUUUUGUAUAUGCUGUGACCGUUUUGGGGAAUUCAUUUAUCAUGUGUAUCAUAUAUUUGGCCCGCAGACUUCAAACAGCCAAAUACAUUGCAGUCUUUAAUCUGGCUCUUUCUGAUUUGUGUGGAAGCUCUGCUUUGAUUCCAAAACUCAUAGACAUGUUUUUAUUUGAGCACCAGGACAUUUCAUAUGAAGCAUGCUUAAUGAAUAUGUUUUUUGUGUUUCAUUUCAUGAACGUUCAGUCUUUGACACUACUUGCCUUGGCUUAUGACAGACUGGUUGCUAUUUGUUUUCCUCUACGGUAUCAUGCAGUUAUUACCAAAACAUCAAUGUCACUCAUUAUAGGUUGUAUGUGGAUUUUUUCUAUGACUUUAUUUGCUGUACUUGUGGGAUUAGUCAACAGACUCUCUUUUUGUGGAUCUACUGUGGUCAAUAGCUAUUUCUGUGAUCAUGGCCCCAUCAUCAGUCUUUCCUGUAACAGUAAUUCCAUAAAUUAUCUAAUGGCAUAUAUUUUAUUUGGUCUCCUAAUUUGUCUCCCAGUGAUAUUGAUAAGCCUCUCAUAUUUUUGCAUUGCGGCAGCAUUGCUUAAGAUUGCUCAUGGUGCUGAUCGCAUCAAAGCCAUGAAAACCUGCACCUCACAUCUUUUAUUAGUGGCUAUUUUUUAUCUUCCAUUUUUAAGUGUAAAUGUUAAAUCCAUCUCAGCAUCUAUUGAUCUAAAUGCACGGAUAAUUAACAAUUCCCUGACACAAAUAAUACCCCCUAUGCUGAAUCCAAUCAUAUACACUCUAAAGACAGAGGAGGUCAUGCAAUCCAUAAAAGAACUAUACAAACGCAACAAAGUAAACACUAUCAUAGAAAGAAAUGUGAAACAGAGAAAAUAAAUAAAGGUGCUCGUCUUUUCACAUUUUGUCCUUUAUGUUUUUGUUUGUUUUAUGAUUGUAUGAAAGAUGAUGUCCUUAAUUGCAUAUAAAUAUCAGAAAAAGCUAUAUACUUUGAUUAUAAUUGAUAAUUUAACAAAUAUCCACUUGAACAGGAUCAGCUGUGUAGAUAUAAAAUAAUUAAACAAAUUUCUCAUAUGUGAUCAGAAUUUACCUUCACAGUGCUCAAAUAAAAUUAUUUGCACUGAUUUAGUGUGGCUCUUUUUUUGUAGCCUUUAAUGACACGACGAAGGAAAUUUUAUUUCAAAAUAAGAAUUAAAUUGUUAGUUCACCCAAAAAUGAAAAUUAUUUCAUUAAUAACUCACCCUUAUGCUGUUCUAAACAUGUAAGCCCUCCUUUUAUCUUCGGAACACAGUUUAAGAUAUUUUAGAUUUAGUCUGAGAGCUCUCAGUCCCUCCAUUGAAACUGUGUGUACGGUAUACUGUCCAUGUACAGAAAAGUCAGAAAAACAUCAUCAAAGUAGUCCAUGUGACAUCAGAGGGUCAGUU